AGAGAGAGAGAGAGAGAGAGAGAGAGAGAGAGAGAGAGAGAGAGAGAGAGAAGGUUUGGAGAUUACCACCGUACAGAAUUCACAUCAGAGACAAACAGAUUACUGAGAAAGAAACGAACGAGUAGAUUUGACCUGAACAUGAGAUGAUUUUACAGCAUGUUCUGGUGUCAUCACUUGGAUUUAAAGCUGGGAUUUAUCACGCUGAAAUGUAAAUAAAAAUAAAGUGGAGAAACAUCUCUAACGCUCCUCAGGUUUGCUUUGGUGUGUGUGUGUGUUUGUGUGUGUGUGUGUGUGUGUGUGUGUGUGCGCACUGCUGGGUUCUCAGGAUUGCAGAACUUUGAAUCUCUCCUCAUGCCUCACUUCACUUCCUGAUCUCCAACACGAUGAGUAGCAACAGAACCACCAGAGGACACAAGUGUGUUAGACGGGAAAAUCUAAGUUUAUAAUCUCUAAAUCUGCACUGACUGCAAUCCUCCUCAUAUGGAUAAACACAACUCACCUUCGCAGGUACAGCAUUGUUUGUCCUGAUGAGGAAAGGCUGAAGAUCUCGACUCUCGGGCUUCACAACGGCCACAGCUCACCCGGGAGUGCCAUGAGCAGCGCCAUAGCUAGUGUAGGCAGCUACAACAUGGACAAGAACUACAACGGAAAAAUCUCCACUAGAGGGCGGAGUCAAGUUCGGAGCCGUUUUGUUAAGAAAAAUGGCCAGUGUAACGUUGUUUUCAGCAACAUGGAGGACAAACCUCAGCGUUACCUGGCUGAUAUCUUCACUACCUGUGUGGACAUCCGCUGGCGCUACCUACUGCUCAUCUUCUGCAUGACAUUCAUGGUGUCAUGGCUGAUUUUUGGAUUGAUAUUCUACAGUGUGGCCCGCGCUCAUGGAGAUUUUAACCCUGAUCACCAUAUGAGGGGGCAUACGGGGGCAGGAGCACCAGGCGAUGGGCAACAGAAGGAGUGGAAGCCGUGCUUACUCCAUGUGGAAGGUUUUCUCGGUGCCUUCCUGUUUUCGAUCGAGACUCAAACGACCAUUGGAUAUGGCUGGCGGUGCGUCACAGAGGAGUGUCCAGUUGCUGUGGCAACAGUGGUAGUUCAGUCCAUUUUGGGAUGCAUCAUUGACUCGUUUAUGAUCGGUACUAUCAUGGCCAAGAUGGCACGACCCAAAAAGCGAAACCAGACACUGUUGUUCUCCCAAAAUGCCGUUAUUGCGCUGCGGGACGGGAAGCUGUGCCUCAUGUGGCGUGUCGGAAAUCUCCGGAAAAGCCAUAUUGUAGAAGCGCAUGUACGAGCACAACUGAUCAAACCCAGAGUGACGGAGGAGGGUGAGUUCAUCCCGCUGGAGCAGACGGACAUGAACGUGGGUUAUGAUGAAGGUACUGACCGCCUUUUCCUCGUCUCACCUCUUAUAAUCGUCCAUGAGAUUGACGAAGACUCACCGCUUUGGGCCAUGAGCCGCUCUGAACUGGAGAACGAUGUCUUUGAGAUUGUCGUGAUUCUUGAGGGAAUGGUAGAAGCCACUGCCAUGACCACGCAAGCUCGAAGCUCCUACCUCUCCCAUGAGAUCCUUUGGGGUCAUCGGUUCGAGCCGGUUGUGUAUGAAGAUCAUGAUCGCUACCAGGUGGACUACGCUCGCUUCCACAAGACCUACGAAGUUCCCUCUACUCCUUCCUGCAGUGCUAAGGAGCUCAGUGAGUUAGCAAGUCAUCAAUCGUCCAAAGCGUCAUCACAAUCCGGGACACCGAUUAGUCGCAGGACCCAUUUUCUGCGCCCGCCGUGUUCACCCAGUGCGUUCUGCUAUGAGAAUGAAGUGGCUCUGUACUCUGGGGAAGAGGAGGAUGAGGAAGGGGUAAAUACAAGAGAAACCGAUCUGACGGUGCUAAAGACAUGCAUUCCACCAGAAUUCCAGAAAAUGUUCCAGGAGACUCCAGCAGUAAAUUCUGGAGGCAACGUCCUCUGUGUGCUGGACAUGGACAAUCAGAUGGAGUUUGAUAUUCUUCAGAAUUCGGUUCCUCUCGAUCCUCUGACCUACAAGAGUGAGUCAGAGAUAUGACACUUAGGAUCGGAGGCGUUUCCCAGCAGGGCUUCUCUACAUGGUUUAGAAACAUUGAUGAAGGGAAGGAGGAUUGUUGUGUUGGCAUUUUUUUUUGGAUUUGUCAAUAAACUGUAUAUAGAAACAAUUUGCCAGCUUAAGUUUGUAUAUUUGCACCGAAGCUCCUGAGAUGAUUUCAAGACAUCAAAAGCUGAUCCAGAUGGUCCUCACUUCAUCGUGGUCACUGAACGGAUCGUGUGAUCCAUGAGAAUCGGUCACAAUCGAAGAAGACAAGAUUAUAAACUUUACAUAAAGAGGCAUUUCAGUCAAUUAUCCAAACAGGGAUCUUAACAUAAACGUCACCGAAGGAGGACGUUCACACAGGACAAGACAAAAACUCACAAACUAAUCUGUAGAUCAGAAAAAGAAAGGUUCGUUUUAGCUGCAACUUUAUCUAUUAAGACACUGUAUAGAUUAGAGGAAUCCAUGGCUGGGUGUCAGACGUACUCACACGUGUCACAUACAGUACGCUGAGGUCACACACACUAUUAAAUUAUAUUUCUAUUCAUUUCUUUAUAAGACCAUUCCAUUAUCUUCUCUCACCACUCACGGCUCAUGUAAACACCGUCCGUUGCCUUCGUUCGGUUUAUUAUUGACUCAUAUAAAAUAGCAAAACAUAAACUAACACUAUAGAAACAGGCUAAAACUGAGCUAGCAUAGAAAACAGGCUAAUGCUAAAGAAACAUGUUUAAGCUAUUAUACCACGAUGUAGCAAACUAGUAAGGAAUAAGAAUUAUACCGCAAACGUUCGCAUUAAACUGACCAGCAAACUAACGUUUUGUUUUAUUCAGACGUUAAAACAAACGAAUUGUUCUAACUUCUGUAUCGCUAACAUUAUAGAGAUCAUCCCACGUCAUAUGAUGAACAUCAUGUCCAUAAAGAGAAAAGAUGUAAACUGGUGUGUUGACCCUCUUCAACAGGAUGUGUGUGUGUGUGUGUGUGUGUAUCAGAGCAUUUUAUUUUAGAGUAAUUAUAUUAUUGAUGUAGCUGCAAAAGCAAUAUUUAGAGCAAUAUCUGAGAAUGAACUCUAUACUGCACUUCAUCCCACUUCAGGUGAAAUAUUUCGAUAUGAAUUCAGGAAUCAGCAGAAACACAUGGAACUGAAACAGCCAAGGAGCCGAGGACACGGUGUUGUAAUGAUACUGAACUGUUUUUGUACUGAUGCAAAUGAAACGGCAUGAAGGUGUGUGUGUGUGUGUGUGUGUGUUAAAAACAAUGCAUGUUUAUGUUUUCUUUCAUAUGCAGUAAAUUGCAGCUAAUAUAAAUGCAGAUAAACCCUGAGGUCCUCUCUGGUCAGUGUGAACUCGUCUGAUCCCAGUAGUACACGAUUGUGUGUGUUAGUGUGUGUGUGAGUCGGCUGGACACUACACACACACACACACACACGGUGUAAGAUGAUGAGCAGCACUGGUCCUCUACUGGUUCCUUUCUUUGCUUGAUCUCUCUUUCUUUUUUUUGUUGUGUUGUGUUUUGUCGUCUCCUGCUCGAGUCUUCUCCCUGUUAGCAUGAUACCUAACCUGAAAUGUAACUUGAAGCCUCAAAGCUCCUACAGAUGCACUUUAUUUCUU